UGCACAUCCGGAUUAAUUUUAAGUGGCGGCUGCUGCUGCUGCUGCUGCUGCUCCUGCUGCUGCGGCUGAUCCCCGCAAUAGAGAGAUCCCCCCGCGCCGCCCCGAGCUGCAAACUUGUCGGAGCGGCGCCGCAGGCGGAUUGUGCCAGUGAGCCUCUGAGAAGAUUCUUUGCCGCCAUGGAGCCGUGGGUGUACCUGGACCCCCGCCAGAGGGCUCUGUAUCGAGAUGUCAUGCAGGAGAGCUAUGAGACGUUGAUGUCUCUUGCUGCUGAUAAAUUGCUGAACAGCAAUAACAACGAAGAGGAAGAGGAUGAUGAUGAUGAAGAGGAGGACGAUGAAGGCCCUGAGGAGCUGCGUCCGGGCACAUCUCAAAGCAUCCCCAGGCGGGUCAAGCCCUUGGUACACCGGGCAGCCCCCAAGCCGCCGAAAAUCACCCCGGUGGUUAAAAAGGACAAGGCCACCCAGCGCGGCCAUGCGCUGAAGAAAAGCCUCGAGAGCCGGUGCUCGGAUUGCACGCGGAUCCUGCACACCGCCGGCCGGGGCCGCCAGCGGAGCGAGGCCAACGCCGCCCGAGAAAAGCCUUUCCAGUGCUCGGACUGUGGGAAGUGUUUCAUCUGGAGCUCGCACCUGGAGCGCCACCGGAGGAUGCACACGGGGGAGAAGCCCUUCAAGUGCCUCAAUUGUGGGGAGGCCUACAGCCAGAACUUCCACCUCUUGCAGCACCGUUGCUCCCAGCUGAUCGAGAAGCCCUUCAAGUGCGCCGAGUGCGGGAAGCGCUUUGCCCAGAGCUCCGCCCUGGAGAACCACCAGAAGGGCCACACGGCGAUCAAGCGCCACAAGUGCGCCGACUGCGGCAAGUGCUUCAUCUGGGCGUCCCACCUGGAGAGGCACCGGCGGGUCCACACUGGGGAGCGGCCGUUCAAGUGCCCCGAGUGCGGGGAGACCUACAGCCAGAGCGCCCACCUGGCCAAGCAUCGGCGCAACCACAUGGGCGAGCGGCCUUACAACUGCCCGGCCUGCUGGAGGAGCUUCGCUCAGAUUGCCGAGCUGGAGGAGCACAAGAAGACCCACCUGGGCUGCGAGGACUGCGGCAAGGUCUUCCGGAGCCGGCAGACGCUGAUGCGCCACCAGCGAGGGCACCGCCGCGAGCGCACCCACCUCUGCGAGGAGUGCGGGAAGGGCUUUGUGUGGGCCUCCCACCUGGAGCGCCACCGCCGGGUGCACACUGGCGAGCGCCCCUUCCCUUGCCCCACUUGCGGGGAGAAGUUUGCCCAGAAGGUCCACCUCCUCCAGCACAACAAGACCCACUCUCACACGCGGCCCUACAAGUGCGGGGACUGCGACAAGCGCUUCGGGGACAGUUCGGCCUUCCUGGCCCACCAGCGGGGCCACGCCAUGGAGAAGAACCACAAGUGCCAGUAUUGCGGCAAGAGCUUUGCCUGGAGCUCCCACCUGGAGAGGCAUCAGAGGAUCCACACGGGGGAGAAACCCUACAAAUGCCCCCACUGCCCGGAGCACUUUAGCCAGACGUCCCAGCUCUUCAAGCAUCAGCGUAGCCACCUGGGCAAGAGGCCCUACAAGUGCAGCGAGUGCGGCCGCAGCUUCGGCACCACCCUGGAAGUCAUUAUCCACCAGCGAACCCACUUUGGGACCAAGCCCUACCGGUGCUCCAAUUGCGGGAAGGGGUUCACCCGCCGGGCCAACCUGCUGAAGCACCAGCGGUGCCACGCCAAGGAGAGCCCAUAAGGCAACGCGACUCGAUGGGCCAGCGGUGGGAGAGGGAUCAUGUCCUUCUGCAUUCAGCAAUCUGCAGAUCCACACAAGAGAAGCCCUUCUGUACGUUCUGAUGACGGGGAAACUCCCGUGCUUACACAGCUCUUGCAAUGGCACCCGCUGAUCUCUACACAGUUGAGGAAUAUUUCAGAAAACGCACAGUAGAAACGAGAAGCUCGUAGAAAAGCCUUGAUGGAGUGGAGUAGCCGACGUUGGAUUUUGGGGGGUUGGGGUGGGGUGGGCGAAAAGACCUGUCGAGGUACAAAAAUAAAAAAAAACGAAUAGCAACCCUGUCUGCAUUGGGAAUUGAACGUGAUAUAGAAUCCAUAUGGAUGUCUUACUCACCUUUGUUUGACACUGUGUACAUAUACCCCAAACAAGAAAAGCUUUACUGACUGUUCAUCCUUAUAUUAUGCAUCAGAAACCUUACCUGGGAUAGACCCAACUCCCUUCUCUACCCCCCACCCCCAUAAUUUCAAACUCUGGAUAACAAAGCUUUAAGAAUCGCUGAGGACUGACCUCCAGACCUUAAAUGCCUGACUGAGACGGACUUGGACUUCACUAUCCAUUAGGGAAUCUGCAUGGGGGAGGGGAUGAAAAUGGCAACUUUUGCAAGCCUCCUUCAUGUGGGGGGAAAAGCUUUACUGACUUACCCAACUCAAAGAAUCUAAAUGUCAGAGGCCCAGUGAAUAAUGCCCUUGUGCAAGGCUGGUCAGUUGCAUUUAGCGAAAUUAGCUGAUACAUUAGUACCUGAGUAUCCAGAGACCGUCUGAGGUCAGACUACAGCUUUGGCUGGAUCACACUGUGUGGCUUCAUCAGCAGUUUCUACUCAGAUGAGGAGCUCGGCUUGGUUUCUUCUUUUUCCUGGAAUCCCAGCCACGCAGUUUCCGCUUGCCAAGCUGGUCGUGGGGAGAGGACAUCCUCCAAAGUCUGAAAUUCCUGGUGGUUUCUUCACCAUGAACUAGAAAGAACUGAGAAGAUGAAGAUGCUCAGCCCUCAUUUCGAAACUUGGAGAAGGGGGGAUCAUUGGGUUUAGCCACGGUUCAGCUGGAUGGGCCUGUUUCUGGUGCUCUUAUCCCUUGGGGUUCUUGGUAGUUUGGUCCCAGGCAUUGACGCGCGGAGAUCUGGCCACUGAAAUGACAGUGGAGAAAGCCGCCCGAGGUUAGGGAAGUAGAUGCCAAAGGGUGCAACAUAGUGAGGGGUAGAAAACCGUAUGAGGCUCACAGAGGAUUUGGCUUUGGGGCUGAGGAAUGAGCUUGCUAGGGUGGCAUAUGGGUGAUCUGAUGGAUUCAGGAUUUGGUUUCAGGGUCAUCACCGGCCUCUGCUUCUUGUGGGGAGCUGGCCUUAUGCAUCAGUCCAAUAUCAACCUGCUGUAAGUCAGUGUGGUGGUGGAAGGGGGUGGGGGUGGGGGUAGGGGGAGAGAAAGAGAGGUCUUGCUGAAGACUUGGAGCAGUUCCACAGUGGAUUGGAAGAUCUUGCUUAUGAAGUUGGGUGAGUUACUAUUACUGGCUGAGGCUGUGAGCAACAAAACUCUGUACUUCAAGAGGAGUAACUGGACUUGUUGUGGGGGAGCGUUGCUGGAAUAGAAUCCAUCCCCAUGCUAUGAUGGGCUGCGAAGUGGGGCUGUGAUUUCCCAGGAAUAUGGGAGUGAGUGGAGGGGAGAAGGAUUUCUUUCCCCCAGUCCUGAGCUUGUGAACUCGCUUUGACCUGGCCAUUGCGCUUCCUCUCAAAUACUGCUCUCCCAACACCUACCUCAGGCUGAAAGAGUCCACCUUUCUCCCCCCCGCUCACCUUUUUUGAUGUUCUUAAGCCAGAGAUGUGCCGUGAUGGAACAGAAGCCUUGACCGGGAUGGGAGAGACCACGAGGCCUCUGUAAACAUACUGUGAUGCUGCACGCAAGGGGUCGAAUGCUACGGCUAGCGAGUGGAUUGCUGUGGACAGAGGAGGCCCCGUGUCCUCAGAGGAGGCCCCUGCUUCGAUUACUGUACCCUGGUCUCUUGUCUUACUGGCCUGUGCUUUCCUGCCCGCUCCCCCCCCCCUCUGUUUUGGCCCUUCUCCAUUGGAGGUUUUAUUUACUUUAUUGCUUUUGGGGGGUAUCUGUUUGCCACAAUGUGCUACUGUUGAUUCCCCCCCAUUUCCCUCUUUUGUUUCGUUUUCAUCCAAAGCAAGCAAGCGUCUUUCUGUUUAGGGCCCCUUUCCCCCACCCCCAAAUGACUUAUAGAGGGGGAAAAAAGUUUCUGAGCUCUGAUUUCUUUGUUGUUGGUUAGGAGUAAUAAAGGUAAA